UGAGUCGGUUCCGCCAUAUUUGUAAGUGGAUGUUACUUUCUGAACUUCCUGGAUUGAGUAAAAAGUAAACAACGUACGACUUAUGGUUUGAUCUUACAGUAUCGGCAUUUUGUCACAAUGGCAGAGUUUGAUCCGGAUGAUAAAUAUAGUUGGUAUUUUGGUCCACUAAAUCGAGAGGAAGCAAACGAGAUACUACAGCCAACACAAUCAUCAGGAGAGUUCCUAGUUAGAGAUAGCCAAUCUAUAAAAGGCGACUUUGUGCUAUGUGUAAAGGAAGAUAAUAAAGUAAGUCAUUACAUAAUAAAUAAAAUAGCUGUGGGCAAUACAACAAGAUUCCGUAUAGGAGACCAGGAGUUUCCCGACAUCCCAAACCUUCUCAGCUUUUAUAAAACACAUUAUCUGGACACGACGUCUCUCAUCAAACCAGCAACAAGACUGAAGGUGAUCACAAAGUUUGAUUUUGGAGGAAAUGAUCCAGAAGAUUUGCCAUUUAGGAAAGGCGAGGUAUUAGAAGUUAUAUCAAAAGACGAGAAAGAUUGGUGGACGUGUCGAAACAGUCAUAAUCGUGUGGGACAGAUACCUGUACCUUAUGUUGUGAAAUUUGACGGAGAAAUGAGUGAACACUUACUAGACCUGAAUGGCCCUGAGCCAUCCCACACUCAGGGCUAUAUGUCCCCGGCCAACCAAGUUAACCAGCCAAUUCAGGUAGGCCAGAACAAUAUGGGCAACGUGCAUGGUCCUCCGCCUGGCAGUCCUCCCCCCACCACUCCUGCUCCGCCGCCUGUGAAAUUGCCAGCAAUGGCAAUAGUAAUACAACCACGGAUACCAAACCUUUAUGACAAGACACAAUUGAAAUUAGAGAAAGGUGAAAUUGUGACAGUGACUAAAAUGAACAAAAAUGGGCAAUGGGAAGGAGAGAUUCAAGGAAGGAAAGGAAUUUUUCCAUUCACUCAUGUUAAGUUUAUUGACCAGGACGGAACUGGGACGUAGCUGUCAACAACCUGAUCAUAGGGUUUUAUACUGUACAGUCUGCGUUACCUUACACACCAUGUGACCAGUUUUAAUAAAAUGCCAAAAUUAGACCAAUGAGUGACUUUGUCUCUCUGGUCUGACGGUUUGGGAGAUCCUUAAAAGGCAAGACAGAAAACUCAUUUGGUGGAGAUCAUUGUAUUCUGCGGCUUCCACAGAUCGUUGUCACAAGAUCGGAAGCUAGGACAAAGAGAGUUGACAAUUAAAAUCAUAAUAUUAUGUUUAUUCAAGAAAUAGGAAAAUGGUGAUAUGGAUUAGUCUGACUUCAAUUAAUAUUGUAUACUGGGAUAUUGUCACCCACUGAAAAUGCAAAAUAAUUAAUAUUGUAUACAGGAAUAUUGAUUAAAUACAAAAAAUAUCGACUGUAUUACGGGAUGUUGUCGCCCAUUGAAAUACAAAUUGUUUUUAUUUAUCAAUUUCAGUAGUGAUAAAUCCUACUAAAAUGAAUUAACAUUGGCAUCCACAACAAAAUCUCUUAGUGACAGCAGUGAAUUUGUCCCAGUGUACAGAAUUUUACAAAAGAAUGUAGAGAUAGACUUCUUUUCAAUGAUAUGAAAUUAAUUUGUAUGAGUUUCAAUGAUUUAUUUAUAUUUGUUUAAAGCUUUAGAGAAAACUUAAGCCAGAGGAAUUGUUAUUUUUACAGUGAUCAAUUCACAGUUUACUUGCAGGUGUUCUUUCCAGCUGUAUUACUAAAAGCAAUGAGUCCCACAAUGUUAAAUUCAAUGUGUAAAGGGCUUGGGACUCGCAUGUAGAUUUAUCAAGGUUUCUAAUUACAAUGCAGAUUUUUGCCCCAAACUUUCAGGUUGGAAGAUUAAACACAUGUUGUUAUGAUCUUCAACUUGUUACGUGCACAUCAUAUUGAAGCAUGUUACAAUUCAAAAGACGAAACAUUUUCAUAGACUGUCUGAUGUUUAAACUAUUUCUAAUUUGUCAAAGUGAUUUUUCUCAAUUUAACUUUUCUGUAAAGCUGAAAUUAAUGACGUGCACAUUUUAUCCUAAUACAUAAUAUAAUAGAAUAAGAAUGUUGAUACCUGUCCGUGGUGUAGUGAGGACAGGUAUUGGGAGUAUCUGUUAAUACCUGUCCUUGGUGUAGUGAGGACAGGUAUUGGGAGUAUCUGUUGAUACCUGUCCUUGGUGUAGUGAGGACAGGUAUUGGGAGUAUCUGUUAAUACCUGUCCUUGGUGUAGUGAGGACAGGUAUUGGGAGUAUCUGUUAAUACCUGUCCUUGGUGUAGUGAGGACAGGUAUUGGGAGUAUCUGUUAAUACCUGUCCUUGGUGUAGUGAGGACAGGUAUUGGGAGUAUCUGUUAACACCUGUCCUUGGUGUAGUGAGGACAGGUAUUGGGAGUAUCUGUUAAUACCUGUCCAUGGUGUAGUGAGGACAGGUAUUGGGAGUAUCUGUUAAUACCUGUCCUUGGUGUAGUGAGGACAGGUAUUGGGAGUAUCUGUUAAUACCUGUCCUUGGUGUAGUGACGACAGGUAUUGGGAGUAUGUAUUUCUAGAUUAACUCCAUAUGUAGUACAUGUUUUAUUUCAUUCAUGUACAUAUAGAAAUCAAUUGUAGAUAUUUUAUGAAAUACAAAAUUGUAUAUAAAAAAGCUGUGUACCUGAGUAACAGAAGAAUGUGUGUGAGAGAGCAGGGAGUUCCUUACAAUCAUUAUAUACCCACUAUCAUUGAUAUUGUUAGUGUCUGUUUUCUAACAGAUACCUAUAGUAAGCCGGUGUUGUUAACUAUAAUACAGUUUCUCCACAUAACACAGUAAUAUAGGUUCAGACGUAAAACAUAGUCAUUAUGGUCUCCGAUUUUAUAACCUUAAUUAAGAGGCCUUACUGCUUCCUGAGGCAGAGUUACAGGGUUAUAUGGCAUGCCUAUAUUACUUUACGACACUAAGGCCUUUUUACUGGGUUAUUAUCACACCUAGAUUUCCUCAGUGCCAGAGUUAAAGGGUUUCAUAUCUGACAUACCAGUAUAUUUCCUGGCACCCAAGUGACUGGGUUAUAAGACAUACUUCGGGAUUAUGCCUAGAUCCAGAGGUACAUGGCAAUCUGAUUAAAUUCAUAUCUUGAUCUGCGCUGCAAUUAAACUACACCAAGACGUAGCAGAGUGUAGUUUACAGAACGGUAGUGCAAAUCAGGAUAUGUUUUUAUCAGGUGAAGUUACUAGGAUAUCGGACAUACCCGGGAUUCUGCGAGAUCUAUAUCUGAAUCUUAAAAUGUGUGGGAAAAUCCUUUGAAAUCAUGUACAUGUAUACAAAACAUCAUUAUAAUGCACCUUGAAAUUGACGUAAAACAGAGUUUCCAUGAGAAUUAUUAUGGUGAUUUUAAAUGGAAUUGGAAAUUAAGUGUCAAUUCAUAUUUUGAUGAAAAUUAAUAUAUCAAUAGGGAUGGAUACUGUUGGGGAAAUUGGGUCUAUCUUUAGUAUACUUGAUGGCUAGUCAAAUAAAUGUUGGUAUAUCUUAGUAUCAUUAUCCUCCUAUAAGGACAUGGUACUAUAACACAAUAGUAGUGUAUAUACAGUAGUGCGCCCCAGCUGGAAUCAUACCCAGUGUACAAAAGUCUGUGGCCGAGUUGUAGCUGGUCUUCGAGUCUAUAUUACAGAUCAACAGUUCUGUAUUUAUUCUGUAUUUAUACAACAAUAAGCCCUAUGUCUUGUAACAAGCCCACUCAUAUAUAUUGCAGUUCAGUUAAUAUAACGUUAUUGUCCUGCAGUGAUAGCACACCUAACAUCAAGUUGAUGUAAUGGACCCUGGGUUUUUACAGGCUAAAUAUUCACCUAUGAUACAGUAGAGAUGUAAUUGAAUAUAUCAUGAGAUUGAUUUAUCUGAUUAUAGAUACAUAUUUAUUGAGAUUCCAUAUACACAUGUAGUGCAUUGUAUAUCAUGUUAAAAAUUAUGUAGUGUUUGAACCAUGAGUUUGAAUCUACGGUGCUGUAUGCCACACAUUUCUCAUUCAUUGCAUUACUAGUUUUCGUUUUGCACAAGAUUUUAUUUAAUGUGACAUUUAUACUAAUAUGUUGUAUCCAAUUUUCUAAAAGUUCAAACUUACUCAAGUGUGAUAUUCCAUUUCUGGUAAAGCACUAACUCUAGACAAAAUUUCAGGAGGAAGUGAAAUAUUCUUUAUAAAUGAGCUUCAGAUUCCAUGUCGAGGUAUAAGAAAAACAUUUUUGAGAUUUGAUAUUUGUGUCAUGUGAUUGCUUCUCUUGUUCUGAUAUUGCUUUUGCAAUAUUAAGGGAAAGGUCCAGGCAGUGGUAAAGUGAUGUGAUUGAAUUGAGAUAUAUGGACUAGAACCAACAAGGUUGUAUACCCAGAGUGGACUGUUACCAUACAUACAAGUUUGGUAUAGGUUAGAGUGAUCCAGUGCUCUUUACUCUAACAAAGGCAAGUUCUUAUUUUCUUACUUAGACUUGCUCCUCAUUUACUAAAAGCAAAGAGUAUUGUGAAAAUGUACUAAGAAAAUAUUUCCCAAAUACGCCUGCAACCUAUUGUAUUUAUGAAUAUAGAAGAGAAUUGGAUUUAUUGGGCUAACAGAAAAAUAACACGGGAAGGCCUGUAUAUAGUAGAAAAGUGUUGGGACACGCCAUCUUAACAGAAAAAUAACACGUGAAGGCCUGUACAUAGCAGAAAAGUGUUGGGACACGCCAUCUUAACAGAAAAAUAACACCGGAAGGCCUGUACAUAGCAACAGAAAAAUAACAUGUGAAGGCCUGUAUAUAGUAGAAAAGUGUUGGGACUUGCUAUCUUAACAGGGAAAAAACACAGGAAAGCCUGUACAUAGCAGGAAAGUGUUUGCAAACACUACCUUAAAAAGAGCAGCUUAGUUCCAUACUAAUAUAAAGAUAUAAUAUGGAUGUGGCUUUUAAUGUAUUAAUGAUUCUCCCUAACAGCAAUCAUAAAAUAUUCAAGUCUUUGUCAAUACACAGCUAUUUAAGUGGUUUCUUAGGCACUAAUCAAGCACUGUUAUGUUUUUAUUUUUUGUUAUUUAAAAGUUCUUUAUUUCAUCAAUCAAAUGUAUUUAUUAUUGAAUAUAGUUUCUUCAAUGAACUUAUGAGUAAGUGUAAAAGUUUGAUGAAGUUGUUUGUAACCCUGGGGGUUAAAAGUUAACUUUGAAACCCUGGAAGGUUAGAAGUGAAUUGGUAACUCUGGGAGAUGAAAAGUGAAGUUUGUAACCCUGGGGGUUAAAAGUGAAGUUUGUUACCCUGGGGUUUAAAAGUGAAGUUUGUUACCCUGAGAGGUUUAAAGUGAAGUUUGUAACCCUGGGGGUUAAAGGUGAAGUUUGUUUCCCUGGGGGUUAAAAGUGAAGUUUGUUACACUUGGAGGUUUAAAGUGAAGUUUGUUACACUUGAAAGUUUAAAGUGAAGUUUGUUACACUUGGAGGUUUAAAGUGAAGUUUGUUACCCUGGGAGGUUUAAAGUGAAGUAUGUAACCCUGGGAGGUUGUAAGUUUAUAACCCUGGGGGUUGAACGUGAAGUUUAUAACUCGGGGGUUAAAAGUGAAGUUUUUAACCCUGGAAGGUUAAAAUCAUGAUUAAUGACCAGGUUUAAUGAAUUAGUGAUCUUGGGAAGCUAGGUUCAGAAUUUUUUAUGUAGGUUUGAUUUAAUUGGUGCCUAAACUUGAAUUGAUACUGUAGUAAUGGGUUGUAAACACUAAACAAAUUAACAAAUCUUAUGUAAAACACAAAUUGUCAAUAGAAGAAUGUAUGAUGUUUUUGAUACAAAUUAAUUGUAAAAUGUAAAUCAAGAGUUUCUGCCUAGUAUAUUUGCUUGUAUCUUUGAUAUCACAUGUACAUAAUAGGUUCACCAACAUGCUUACUGCCCUUCAACAUAGCAGUAUGUAGUUCUUCGUAUACAAAGACAUCAUUAUCACAUGGUCUUUCAUGUUUCGGUAUAAAGACAAAAAAUGACUGUUUACAGCUUCACAUUUUUUAGACUCGAAACUUCGGCUAAUUUUAGCAAAAUUUGUUUUGAAGUUUUUUGGUUUUUUUUGAACUUUUCAACUUUAAAAAAACCUUAAAUUUCUACUUGAUUUAACAACUUUUUUACUUCUUUCUUAAUACAUAUGGAAAAAUGAAAAAUAGAGGAUGACACUUGAACCAGAGACUGUGUUUUUGUUUUUGUUUUUUUUUUUAAGAAAAUUAAACAAUACUCUCUGCUUGUACAAAAAGAUAAAAGCCAGCUGUUUCUUGCUGCACAUUUUCAGAGAAAGUCGUUUUGUAUUGCAUGAAACCAGUCUUUAAAUAAACUAAGUGUGUCGCAUAAAAUCAGUACCUGUAUUUACAAUAAACUACCAUUGUUUCUUUUCAUAACAAGUUUAUAUAAGUGAAAAUAUGAGUCGACUGACUGACUGCAUGUAGGGGUUAGAGAAAAUAUGAUAUGUACAAAUGUAUUGUAUGGUAUAUAGACAAGGAUACAAUACACAGCCAUUGGUCGUGUAUAUUGUUUCUGAUGUCAUUGGGUAUACUUUAAACAUCACCAUAAAAUACAGAGCAUGUUUUGUAUAAACACAUUGUAGGAAAAUGUAUAUGUGAAUUUGAUAAAUCUUACAGAUUUGCAGUAAAAAUGAUAUAGACAACA